AUGGCGAUUGCUGCUUUAGGGCAGUUGAAUCUCGAAGAACCUCCGCCAUUUCUGGGUUCUCGUAAUGUCGAUUGCUUCAAGAAGCUACAACAGAUUGGGGAAGGAACUUACGGCCAAGUUUACAAGGCUAAAGAAAUCGAAACUGGUGAAAUCGUGGCUUUGAAAAAGAUUCGUAUGGACGACCGUGAGAAAGAAGGGAUGCAAGUUUCUGAACUCUUAUCACCAAUUGGCAUGAAGUUUCCUAUAACAGCGAUCCGAGAGAUUAAGAUCCUCAGUAAGCUGCAUCAUGAAAAUGUCAUCCGUUUGAAAGAGAUUGUGGUUUCGUCAGGUCAAGAAGAGGCUAAUCAAGGAGAGACAGAUAAUAACAAAUACAAAGGUGGAAUCUACAUGGUCUUUGAGUAUAUGGAUCAUGACUUGAGUGGACUUGUCAAUCGUCCUAGAUUGAAAUUUACGGUUCCUCAGAUUAAGUGUUACAUGAAGCAACUCCUCACUGGGCUUCACUAUUGUCAUGUAAAUCGUGUGCUUCACCGCGAUAUAAAAGGUUCAAAUAUCCUUAUUGACAAUGAGGGAAAUUUAAAGCUUUGGGAUUUUGGGCUUGCACGGACGUUUUCUCAGGAGCCUGGAAAUCUUACAAAUCAGGUCAUCAAAUUGUGUUAUAGGCCCCCUGAAUUGCUACUUGGUGCAAGGAGAUAUGGUCCAGCGAUUGACAUUUGGUCGGUUGGUUGCAUAUUUGCUGAACUUUUGAAUGGAAAACCAAUCUUGCCCGGGAGAAGUGAGUUUGGACAAUUGAAAAAGAUUUAUGAGCUUUGUGGAUCACCUGAUGAAAACAAUUGGCCUGGGGUUUCCGAGCUGCCUUGGUAUAGCCGAUAUAAAUCAUCUCGGCCUAUGAAGCGAAGCAUAUUAGAGACGUACAAACACUUUGAUGGUCAUGCUCUUGAACUACUGGACCAAAUGUUGGUGCUGGACCCUUCACAGAGAAUAUCAGCAAAGGAUGCUCUUGAUUCUGAUUACUUUUGGUGUGGGGCGUUACCGUGUGAGCCAAAGAGGUAA